AUGGGUUCUGUUUCGAUUCCUGCUUUGUCCUCGGUAGACCAUCCUCUGUCUUAUCCCAAACCUCUUGAGAUUCAGAGGAUAUAUUUCAAUCCCAAUCGAGAGGAUAAAGUACCACACAAGCCCAGUGAUGACUUAGUUGACGGUUACUCGCCACUGAUCAUACAGAGAACUGCUCAAGACAAGAUCCAGUACAUGUAUGAGAGACAACGGAUAGAGGACCUAUGCAACACGUACGCGUAUACUCUAGACUCUACGAUGAUGGACUUGAAAGUCGCAGAAGAUUGGGCGAAUCUCUUCACUGAUGACUGUGUGGUUACAUAUCCAUUUGGCAGCCAUCAUGGAAGACUAGGGCUCGCGAAUUUCGGUAUGAUGGCAGAAUCGCGCUUCAAGCGUAUGCUCCAUAUUGCCACCAAUUUCACGAUCGUUUUCGAGUCCGACGAUAUCGCUCACGCUCGAUACGCAUGCUUUGCGACACAUGGCAGGAGCGAGCAUGAUUUAUCAGAACAUUUCAUGGAAGGGGGAUACUAUUAUUCAUCAUUUCGUAGGGUGAACGGUGAUUCUGGAGACAUGUGGAAAUUCACCAAUCUUACCCUGGAGAUGAUUUGGACCUUGGGAGACUCGAUAGGGUUGAAUGAGCCGCAGGCGCAACAGAACACCAUAUCCGUUUGA